AUGCUUGAGUGUCUCAAAGGGCCUGCCAGUCACUUGAAGUGGGGGUUUAUUCCCACCAGGAGAAUAGUGGAUGAAGACCUUCCCGAGGAGGUUGCAGCCAAGGAACCCGAUGUCGUGGGGCUCCAAGAGGAUGAUUACGAGAAAGAAGCCCUUGUGGAGGACGAGGAGGGUUUGGAGUAUCGUGACGAGGCCAACAGACCUCGGUGGAAAUUCUUUGAUGAGUAUGAAUACAGAUUGAACAAAAAGGCUCGACUGCUGCACAAGUGGUACAAGUGGUUUGAUGAGAAUGACACUCCAGCAGAGAGAAAGCUCAUGUGGAAAAUCGAUCUUUUGUUGACACUCUACUCCAUGCUUGCCUACUGGGUGAAAAACUUGGACCAAUCGAAUAUCAACAACGCCUAUACUGCCGGUCUCAAGGAAGACAUUGGCAUGAAAGGAAAUGACUUGGUGAACACGCAGGUGCUUUUCAACGUGGGUAACAUCGUUUUCCAGAUUCCAUUCAUGUUUUGCUUGAACAGUCUUCCGUUGAACUAUGUGCUUCCUGGACUUGAACUCAUUUGGGCUAUUCUUACCGUGCUCACCUACAAGGUCGAAACUGUUGCCCAGCUCAAGGCGAUUAGAUUCUUCGUGGGCUCCUUAGAGGCACCAGCGUACCUCGCCUUCCAAUACUUGUUCGGAACUUUCAUUUAUAAUCCCUCGAUGAUCGCCAGAAGAUCCAUGGUCUACUACUUUGGCCAGUACAUUGGUAUCAUGACCUCUGGUUUGAUCUCGGGUGGUGUCGUGGACCAUUUUGAGGGUGUUCAUGGUCUCGCCGCUUGGAGAUGGAUCUUCAUCAUUGAUGGUAUCAUUUCCGUGGUGGUGGCUAUUCUUGGGUUUUACAUGCUUCCUGGUACGCCCACUGACUGCUACUCUAUCUUUUUAACAGACGACGAAAUUCGCUUGCUCCGUCGUAAUCUCAAGAAAAACCACACGGGAGGUAGACCGAAGGUCAACCUUUGGCAGUCCUUCUGCUCCAAAGACGUUUGGAAAAGAAUCUUUUUGUCCUGGGAAAUUUACGUCUUGACAAUCUGGAACUUCUUCUGUUGGAACAAUAACAACGGUUCAUCUGGUGCCUACAUUUUGUGGCUCAAGAGUCUUGGUAUCUACACCCACGGCGAAGUUCAAUUUAAAAGUGCAUUGACGCCUGGUCUUGGUAUAGUGUGGUUGUUCCUUGUUUGCAUGUACGCCGAUCUCUUCCAUCUGAGAUGGCUGGCUAUUGUUUUGUCUCAAGUCUUCAACUUCCUAGGUAACGCUCUUCUAGCUGUAUGGGACAUCCCGAGAGGAGCCAAAUGGUUUGCCUGGUGUCUCUAA